AUGAUCACAGAUGUGCAGCUCACCAUCUUUGCCAACAUGCUCUUCCUGCUGGUCAUUCUCUAUCACCACGUGGCCAUCAACAAUCCCAAGAAGCAGGAAUGAAAGUGGCACUUUCUCUGCCCCUAGGGUUCCAGGACAUAGUCUGAGGCAAGAUGGAGGGUGUGAGGGGCCUUCUCACUUCACUUCAUCCCUUCUACCCAUCACAACAUACAAAGGAACUCCACCUGGAUUUUUCCAAACAUCUGUCAUUUCCUCAAAGUCUUCCUUAACCCUAUGAAACAAGAAGCUGUCACUGAAUAGGGCCCAGUAUAGGGGCUACUUUGUUUUCUA